CGUGGGUGAACAACGGAAUUUGACGAUCUUCACAGCGGAAGUUCUUUGACGCAAUCACCCCUCUAACUUCCUGGUUUUCGGUAUUCUUCAAGCUAGCUCCUUGUCGAUUGUUCACUUCUUCCUUUUCAGACUGAGUGAUCGUUUUCUGUUCUGUGCCAGGUGUUUACCCCCCAGAGGAAUCAGUGGCUUGUGUCUAUCAUCAGUUUCCGGUGUGUGUUCAGGACUUUAACACUGAACAGGAAGACACACACACACCCACACACGCACAGAGUUGUCUGGACAGACAGAGGAAACUGCUGCGGCUUCUUCGUCAGCCUCAGAAUGACUGAGUUCUGGGUUUGUUUCAGCUGCUGCAUUGCAGAGCAGCCACAGCCUAAACGAAGGCGACGAAUCGAUCGCUCAAUGAUUGGAGAGCCAACAAACUUUGUUCACACGACACAUGUAGGCUCCGGGGACAUGGGAUUAGGAUUGGCCUCAGUUGACCUUGUCCAGGCCCAGAUGAAAUCUAAAGGCGGCUAUGCGCACUCGGGUUCUGAAGGUUCACAGUUAUAACACGCCCUUCAGUCUUCACAGACUACUGUCAAUGAUUUGAGGAAGUGUUUUCCAAAAAGCAGUUCUGUUUAUGAUGGAUGCAGGACCAAAAGAUGAAACUACUGCUUUUGUUUCCAUAAUGUCAUGUGUAUAUAUGUUUUUUAUUUUCCAUUCCUUUUCAUUUUUUAAAUGAAAGCACUGCUGUCCAUUUGCUGCCAUACUGUUGCACUGUAAAGAUGAACUGUCGAUAGAGGAUAAGAGGGUUCAGAGAAGCUCAUGAAUCUCAGUCGAAGGUGUGCUUGUGUGUGAGUGUGUGUGUGUGUGCGAGCGAGCGAGCGUGCACGCAUGUGGAGAACUAUUUUCAGAAAUAUUUUGCUGUCGUAGCCCAUUUGAAUGCCUGUAUUUAUUAUCUAAAUUUGUAAACGGACCUCAGGUGGCUGGGCCACACUGGACAUGUGGAACGUUCAGUUCCUGUCUGUACUACUCAGAGGUUUAUCAAAGGACAGGUAGCAAAAGAAAUAGUGGCAGAUUCAUCGCUUUCCACUGAAAAACACUCGCCUGCUCCGAGUGGGUUUCAGGGUUGGAAGAUGACUGUUCUGUGAGAAACUUGAAACGCGUAGAUCACACUGGACGUUGUACACUCACACUCGCUUAGGAAUUUUGCAUUGAUUUCAACUAUUUUAAAAAAAAGUAUAUAGAGAGAAUUUCCAUUUAGUUUAAAGCUUAUAGAAUUUUAAUAAACUAUGUCCUUCCUAAUCUGCCUUCUGAAGUCAUGUUUUAUUUGUUUUAUCACUUUGAUUUAGCUUUAAAACAGAUUCAUAUUUUUAUACACAUUUCUUUCUUUUCUUUUUUCCAAAGCUUGUUAAAGUGGUUAAACUUGAACAUAAUGCCAUUACCACUGGGAUCAGGUUUGUGAUCAUUGAUUCAUUGUCUUUCAUUUGCCAGGACAGUUUUUGUAUUUUUGCUUUGUAUUUGUUGCCAAUUUAUUUUGCCAUGAAUCUUUUUUUAUUUUUCGCUUGCCAUUUUGGCAGAAACAAUUUUGGCCCCCCUCAUGUCGUAGUGGUCCCAUUUAUUCUUUAAAAGUCUAAAGUCGACAGAUUCUAAAAAUAAAGUUUCACCUACGCUCACAGUGGUGUUUAAUUAAAUGUGUUCAGUGUUAAAAUAAAAGGAACAAGAUGCUAAAACUAUUUUGUAAAAAAAAAAAAAUUCAUCUCUAAUGUUGUAAUAUUAGUUAUAAGCUACCAUAGCCGCUAUUCAUCCCUGCACAUGUCGUCACUGAAACAUAAAGUAAUUGAUCGUUGGAUUGAUGAGAGUUCAGAGGUGCUAAAGAACCAGCAGCUCUCUAUCUGUGAUCAUGUGACUGUUGUUCCUCCACGUGGGUGAUGUGAUUCAGCGGCAGAACAUGAAAGUAUUAUUUUUAUUUAGUACAACUCUGUUAAAACGAUUGUUGUAUGCUGUUCAUUAAACCAGACUUAUCUCUUUAAGGAAAAUACUGCUUUACACAACCUCACAUUUGCAGCCUUAAAAUGGUCAGAACUAUUUCUCCAAUCUUCAGCUUUAAUGAUAUGAUUGUCAUACAUCUGGUCUGGUGUUUGGUUCAAAUGUUACCCUGUUGAUUUAUGUAUAGAAAACUGUCCUCGUGUACAGACUCACUGGUGUACUGUAUAUUUUUCCGGCUUUGGGUUGAAUGCUGUUCACUUAUGUCCAUUCAUCCUGAUUUGCAUCGGAUUUGCAAUAUGAUGAUGUGACCAGCAGGCUGUGCUGUUUGACUGCUUGAAUGUGACGUAAAAGAUUUGUCUUUUCCUCUGAGAUUCCUGUCAACAAAUUGUUUUUAAAGAUUGUAAAUUAGUUACAACCACAAAGGAUCAAUGGUUCAGGGUCAUUCUUACUUUGUUUUCUUUUCCUGUAUAUAUAGUAAAGUUUUGAAAAUGUGUUUUUUCUCUGAGAAUCUACCAAAUGUGAUUCUAUUCUGAGGGAACUCUGUUGUCGUCAUUUUUCAUAUUAAAUAAUGAGAAAUAAAUAUUACAUGUUCACAAAUUA